CAAGAAGGUUCGAGAGAGAAAGCCUCUGGGAAAACCACAAUUCUUGAAACCUGAGCAAUUGCGCAUCAGCUGCGCGAAUUGUCGAUUUCAUCACUAUGGCUUCUGCGAUGGGCGCAACCUCCCCCUGCAGAUUACGCACGCAAUGUGCAUUAAAGAGGGUCAGUUCUCAAUGCCAUCGUUUGCCGCGAUCGGUGAGCGGAGCUAUUUUUGCAGUCAGGGACGGCGAUGCGAGGUUGCUCAGGGGAGAAGAGGAAUUGAUGAUGAAAUUGUCGCAACCAUGGAUUGGAAAUGUGUCCCAUUUGAGCGACGGGAGAGAGGCUAAGGCCAAGUCGGGGUCUUUUCCUGUAAGAUGUGUCUCUGCGGUGGAUAAUUCGACAGGCAGCAACGACGCAGAAGUGGCAAGCGCAGUGGUAUCCACAGCGGUUAUAGUUGUGGCAGUGGUGGUGAAAGCCGUGGUGGGCGCUGUGAAGGCCUUGGGUAGAACUUUGAUCGGCACUCCACUCCCUGACGGCUCCACAAAUGCUGAAAAUGAGCUUGUGAGCGCUUUGAAGGGGAGGUUGGUGUUGGCCGUUGGACCUCUCUUUUUAGCUUCGAUUAGCCAAACUCCGGGAUCUGUGAGUACGCCUCUGACGGUCGUUGCCAGUGGCAUGGCGAAGUGGCUAGAGAUUUACAGCGGGGUGUUGAUGGUGCGCGUGCUUCUUAGUUGGUUUCCUAACAUUCCUUGGGAGAGGCAACCUCUUCAAGCCGUUCGUGACAUGUGUGACCCUUACUUGAAUCUCUUCAGAAACAUUAUCCCCCCUCUUUUUAAUGCUCUCGACUUGAGUCCUAUGCUGGCGUUUAUUGUGCUCGGAGUGUUGACCUCCAUUUUAAAUACUACAGCCAGAUGAUACAAAUGUUACUGCAGGAUUUAGGUGUUUAGGAUUCAUGAUUAAUUUAGUUAUACUUAUUUGCAUACGACAGCGUCUCCGUUGUAGCGCUGGUUGAGGUUGUGACCUACUUUCGAUCACGACAAUGCUUGUGUAAAGUAUGUACUUGUAGCAAGAUUUCUGAGCUGUGGGGUAUGUCUAUAAAUAUUACGAGUGCAUUUUAUUUCACGCCACUGAGACCCGAGCAUUACAAAAACAUUUACAUGAACUCGUGAUGCUUAAUUUGUACAAGUUGAUUUCAAAUAACAUUCAUACAUUUAUAUUUGCGUCA